AGCACUAUUUGAUGAAAAGGUCAAUAUAGAAAAAGAGAGAAAACCAACACACAUACACACACACACAAACACAAACACAAAAUUAUAGUAGUGAUCAUUUCAGGAGUAUUAUUAGUAGUGUUUGGUUUCUAGGAAAGUAAGAGAAAAUAAGGCAAGAAAAUUGCCAUGGGAAGGCCUCCUUGCUGUGAUAAGGUUGGCAUUAAGAAAGGUCCAUGGACCCCUGAAGAAGACAUCAUCCUUGUCUCUUACAUCCAAGAACAUGGACCUGGAAAUUGGAGAUCAGUUCCCACCAACACAGGUUUGAUGAGAUGUAGCAAGAGUUGCAGACUUAGAUGGACAAACUAUCUGAGACCAGGAAUCAAGAGAGGAAAUUUCACUCCUCAUGAAGAAGGAAUGAUUAUCCAUUUACAAGCUUUAUUGGGUAACAAAUGGGCAGCCAUAGCUUCAUACCUUCCACAAAGAACAGAUAAUGAUAUAAAGAACUACUGGAACACUCAUCUGAAGAAGAAGCUCAAGAAAUUUCACUCAGCUUUGGACCCUCCCAACAUUAACACAUCCAACAAAACUCCUCCUCCUCCUCCUCCUACUUCUUCCACCAGCCACGGCGGAGGAGGAGGUAGCGGCGGUGGCGGAAGCUCUUCAGACAACAAUCUCAGCCUGAAGCAGCAGCAGCAGCAGUCCUCAUCAUCAUCUUCCUCCACAAUCUACGCCUCUAGCACUGAGAACAUCUCUCGCCUUCUAGAGGGUUGGAUGAGAGCUUCUCCGAAGACCAAUAACAAUAAUGGAUUGGUUCCCACCGGCGACGGCGGUGCUGCAGGGAUAAAAAGUGAGCAACUGCCUGGGGAGGGCGGCGGCGGCGGCGGUGAUUUGGUGUCUCAUGAAGAAUUGGAGUCCAUUUUGUCGUUUGAGAAUAAUGUGAACAGUAUUAUUAGUAAUAAUAAUAAUAUUUCGUCAUGGGACCGAUCUUCUUCGACCACUAAUAACUGUACAGCUCAGAUGAAUAACCACCAUGAUCAUCAUCAUCAUCAUCAUGAUCAGGAGGUGGAGGAGAAGAAUAGUAGUAAUAAUAAUAAGCCGCCAUUGUCGUUUCUUGAGAAGUGGUUAUUGGAUGAAACGAUCAGUACUAAUGCCACGGCUGGUCAAGUGGAGGAGUUGAUGGAGUUGUCUCCUAUAUUGUUCUAACCCUAAUUUAUUAUAUCUGUAUCUAUAUCUAUAACUAUAUAUAUAUAUAUAUAUUUGUUUGUAAUUUCAUGGUGGCAACUGGGCAAGAACAGUUUCUUUGAGAAAAGAUUGAAAGAGAACUGUGCUCAUCAUAUAAUGCUCCAUUAUUAUUAUUAAUUAAUAAUUUGCUGUUUUUAUGAUUAGGGUUUUUAAUUACUUUGCUUUGUUUGAGAGAUUUUUCAAGAAGUUGAGAUCUCUUUACUCUUCUCAUUGUAACCUCUUAAUAGUUGGGUUAAUUAUUAAUUAAUUAAUUAAUUUCAUCUAAGCUAAUUAUUAA